GUGAAACGCGUACGCGGUACCUGGCGUGGACGCGAACCACCGUGAAUCGGUCUCGGGGCAGUGAGUGCGAGCACUCGCGCGAGCGAGUCGAGUGUCGAGUGGCGCGGGCGAUCGGUCGACCCGGACGGAGCGUCGACUCGCGGCCGCCGCGACGACGCCACCGAGUCGAGGAAUCAGUGCGUGCGUGUUCCCCGCCACCGCCGCCGCCACCGCCACCGCCACCGCCACCACCACCACCGCAGCCGCCGCGGCGCCCGGGAGGGAGAGGAGCGGCGAAGUCGAGGUUCCGGGUGCGAACCGGAGCGCUGCUAAGGAACCAGAGGAGACCCUGGCCACCUGGCGGAAUGGAUUCGCUAGGGGCUCUUUCGGAACGGCAGCUCCUACUCUGGCCGAUCCUUCUUGGGGGGUAACCUCUGGGCCUGCGGAGACGGUAUCUUCGUAGUGCACCUUCUCCCUGGAUGGAUGUCCUUCUCUUAGGUCGGUGCGAGAACUGCGACAGGGGAUUAAGGAAUGCUGUUCCAUAUCCUCUAAAUCAACAUCACUGACUGAAACCUGCAAUCCUGGAUUGAACGGCGUAGAUUUGCUCAACGUGAAGAACAGUCUGGUGCAAUCGAUGUUGACAAUGCUUAGAUGUCAAGUGACUGCUUGAAUGUUUGAACAAUGCCAGCCAAUCGCUUUUCAUUGCUGGACUUAGGAUAAGUCAAGAAUCUUUCAAAGUUUAAGCCGACGGAUGUUAAAUAUUUAUCAUUAUUGUAACACAUUUACGGCACUUUUGGAAGUGCGAGGUUUAUCGUAUGAAAUGGUCACACGUCCAAACGUCUAAAUGGAUGUGAUUGCACAGCAAAUGAAUCUUGAAGAAAAAUCCGAACACACACAUAACACAGUGAUACAGUUGUUCUUCAAUGGGUAGUGUAAUUUGUAAAGGGAGAUGUUGAACAGAUGUUGACAAAUUUCUCACGCAAAUAUCAAAAGCCUAGGCUUCGAUUCAACCUUACUUGGAACAUUGACAAGAAGCGGAAGUGUACAGUGGAUGUGGAAAAUGUUUAUCGAAUUAAGUUAUACGUGAACCACAAAGUUACAUGCAUGUCUGGAGAAGGCAACGUGGGACGAAGACGUGUUGAAUGGCGCCGUAGCGCAAAUACUGAAAAUUUUCACCACUAAUCAAUCCCUUUCAUCUCACGGAGAUAAAUUGGAGGGCAAGAUAGAAAGAGGGUGACAAGGUGGCUGGACGCUGCCUGGGGUUACGAGUGGCUGCGUGGGCAUGCAGCAGCCUCAGACACGCCCUCUCCUCGGGGACUCAGUAUCCUCUACAACUUCCCCGAAUACACGUCGUAACAAUCCUGUUGCCGUCCUUACCCAUCAACAGUUACAGCAACUACAGCAACUACAGACUCAUAGCUCAAAUGGGCAGCCAUUAACCUUCGCUCUGCAGCAGCCAACCAAUAACUCUCAAGAGCAGGGAAAUGGAUCGGCAAGUGGGAAUCACAUCGUCUACUUGAAUCAGCUGAACCAGUUGAAUCAAAGUACCAUUAAUCACUCGGGGACUGGUAUGGGCCUACCCCCGGCCACCCCCACUUUUGGGGUAGGCCUGAACAUGGGACUGCCGCUAUCGCUCUUGAACACAAACCUCACAUCGCUUACAUCCAAUGCCAUCACAACGUCGAAUCCGCUGCUUAACCUUGGAUUGCCUGGCAUCAACACGGGCCUUACCGCGAUCAAUCCCAGCCUGAACCCUUUGAACAACAUCAACUCGAAUCUGAAUUCUAGUUUACCUACGAACAGUAUUAAUACUGGUCUGUCGAACCUGGGUCAAGAACUGACCGGAGUCGGCUCAGCCAUAAACAACUUAAACACCCUCAACUCCAGUAACAUCGGUUCAGGAAUCGCCGGGCUGAACACGGUUAACCAGAACCUGACGAGCCUCAACUCGUCGAUGAAUCAGAACCUUGCCACCCUGAGCGCGAAUCUGAGCUCCACCAGUUCUGGCCUCUCCAACAUCAACACCUUGAACUCCAAUUUAACGUCCAGCGGCAUCAAUCCUGGGCUAAGCCAGGGACUCAACAGAUCGUUGAACGCCCUCGCGACCGGACUUACGCCUAGCAGCGUGAACUCGAGCAGCGCAAACUUUUCCUUUCAAACUAUACAGAGCAUUCAGAGCAUCGCGCCCCACAUCGUCGGCUCCAGCAUCGCCCACGUGUCGAGCUCGGGGGUGUCGCACCUGUCGAACUCCGGGGUCUCCUCGAUCGCGCAGAUCUCGAAUCCUGGAGCGGUGUCGAACUCGGGCAUCUUCACCAGCACAACCAGCGGUCCGAUACUCUCGGCCACCACCGACUCCAGUCAUACGUCCAACGUGAUCCACUCGACGAAGGUAGCCCACUUCGGCACGAUGCAUUCGAACCUCUCGGCGAACAUGCCGAGCUCCAACCCGGUCCAGCACAUGUCGCUAUCUGGCAACGAUCCCACUUCCAACCUGGGCCACGUCUCGUCCAUAAGCUCUUCCCACUCGACUGGGUUCCAGUCGCAGCGGACCUUCCCCCAAGGCUUGAACACCAGCCUGAACACCUCCGGUAGCCUAGCUGGCGCGAACCAGCAGACGAAUGCUAUCAGCACCAAUAUUAACACCGUCAAGUCCAUACAGAGUAUACAGAGUAUACAGAGCCAGAAUGCCAGCUCCCCGGGUAGUCCGUUCUCCGUGCCGCUCAAGAGCCCGGCGUCUAACGUCGCGCCGCCCACUCCGAGUCCCAGCCCUAACCGGCUGCUACUUAGAAGCCCUGCCUCCAAUUCUAUGCAGAACAGGAACAGUCCCAGUCCUGUGGCCACGUCUACGUGUAACGCUAACUUUGGCAUGCAGCUACAAAGUCCCAUGCAAAGUCCCAUGAGCGUCGGGCCGAUACAGAGCCCGGCACCCAGCCCGUACCCGCCCGCGAAGAGUCCUCAUCAUCUCGGUAACGGCAGUUCUUUGAACAGGAGUCCAGCUCCAGGAGGAAGUCCCGGUCCACCCGUGGUAAGGCCCAACACCCCGAUACUGCAACAGGGAAUGCAGGUCCUGCAAAUCAUACACGGGACCCCGCAAAGUUACCAAACCGCGCCUACCCAGCUCGUCGCGAGGACGCAUCUUGUGGGGAAUCAGCAGAUUCAGAUUGCUGCCGCUAAGCCUGCUAAACAGCCGCCCCAGAUUUUGCCGAAGCCACCGAACCAACAGGGUGGAAAUACCCAACAGAAGCAACAACGGGUUGCCACGACGAUUACGAGUCAAGUGUCCCAGCAGACGCAGCCUCAAUUGGUACUCGCGGGGCCUCAACCGAAUCCAACAACUGCUACGAUGAUACCAACUGCGCAGGGUCUCCUGCUAAAUCAGGUUCUGCCCUCAACUGGUCCUGUAAUCGUGCAGCAGCAACCCGGAGGUGUUCAGCUGAUCCUCAGGACUCCAGCGAACACUCAACAACAUACUGCACAGCUGACUCAGCAACAACUGGUAAGGGUUGUAACAGCGCAAGGCAUGCAACUUCAAGGCAUCACGCCCGCUUUCUUUGCCGUUCCGAAUGGUUUUCCUCCACCAGCACCACCAGUGAUAAGGCAUACACCCUCGAGUCCUGCACCAUCGAACACCGGCGCGGGGAACCCGAUCGUGAUACAGAAUGCCAUUGUGCAAAGUCCUCAGCCGCAAAUGGCGCAGGUCAGUACGUCCACAGCGAGUGGUAAUAUAACGACGAUGCAAACGACGACCGAUCAGAGUCUGCUGCCACCGCCUAAGAAGAAGGCCAAGAAGAAGAAAAAGGCGAAAAAGAAGGACGAGGAACCGCCAAAGCUGGACCUCGCGAGCAUCAUGAAGAUAUCCGGCAUCGGCGAUGACGACGACAUCUUCGAUAACGACCUGUCGGCCGAGUCGGACGUGACGGCGCAAAUUCACAUCGACCAGAACGCGGGACACACGAUGGGACAGCAAUUGCCCACCCAGGUGGCCGCAUCGAACCAACCAGGGCAGGGUCUGGUCCAGGUGCCGAUCUCCAGUUCGUCCAGUCCGAAUUUCUCGCCCUCGUCUAGUCAGCCUAGCCAGUUGGUCGCGCAAUUGCAGAUGCCGGUCCAGAACACGAUCUCCGGCCACCUGAGGUUAGCCGUAGGCGAGGACGGAAGGGUCGUCCUCCAUCACGCACCCGAACCGAAUCAGCCCGAGAUAGAUCAAGCCACGGCGCAGGCGUUGAUCCGCUCCUUGACUCAGGGCACUGGCCAGAAUUCCCAGAUCAUCUCCCAGCUCCUAAGCCAAACCGUGUCGCACGUAGACCACAGUGUCCUCCAGAAUCGGCAGAAACAAGCGAAACCAUCCAAAGGUCCGACCGUAGGCCAAACUAUGAACCCCGGUAGCAGUCAAAGCUCCUCGGCUGCUAGUCCCCAGCAUUUACAGAUGUGCGCCAAUCUGGGGAGUUCGGCCAACGAUGGCUUGAAUGUCUCCCAGAAUUCCAACCUGUCGUCUAACAUGGUUGGUCAGGGAGGCGUAAACACCCUGCCCACGGGCAGUGUCCCGACUUCCAUGGGUUCUGCUGGUCAGAAUAUCUGCCAUACGUCGAAGACCGUGCAGGCGUCGAUGCAUAAUCUUCAGGCUCAAACCGCAACCAUCCAAAUUUCUAGCGAGUCUAUGAAAUCGCCCCCGUCGAAGUACACCGUUCAGGCCAAUCAACAGGCUGUUAAUGUCCAGAUCCAAAAGUCCGGCCAGCAAUCUCGGUUGACGAACACCUGCGUGAACGCGAACGUCCGGCAGAAUCUGAGCGGCAAGGGGGUGCAGCAGAACAUUCAGGUACUUCAGAAGACCAGUCCAGGUGGCGUGCACACGCAGAGGAACGUCAUCGUCGGGAAAAGUUCGCAGAACCCUCAGCAGGUGACCAUUCAACAGGAAGCUGGCCAGCCGUUGCAGCAGAAUUCUCUGUCGCAUCAGGAGAACCUCCACCAUCAAAUGUCCGCUCAGGCGGUGCAGACGCAGAACGUUCAACACAUGAUGGAGCAAAACGUUGCCGUCAACAUCCGGCAAAAUGCGAGCAACGUGCCUCAGCAGAACUCGCUGAAUGAUUUUCAUCAUAGCACCGUGGAAGUACAGCAUCAAUCCAGUGGUAACGCGCAGCAUCAUACGAUUAACGUGUUGCAGCAGAGCGUCGAACAAAAUCUGCAGCUAGGUGGCGGCGAACAGUCGCAUCAGACACAGGCUACCGGUAUUCGGCAUCAGGGUGGUGCGUGUCCCGGGUUGCAGAACUUGAAUGUGCAGCAAAAUAUCAAUCUACAGCAACAGAAGGUCGUCUUGUCCAACGUUUCGUCGUCGGUUAACGGGCAGCAGAGUGACUGUCAAACUCUGAUGGGGGGUAUCGAGCAACAGAGCAAUCAACAGAACAUCCUUAUAUCGAAUGUACCCUGUUCGACCGGUGUGCAGCAGACCGAGUCGCAGAAAGCAGAAUCGAACAACGCGAACGUACUUAAUUCUACGGCCACGAACAUUCUACACAACGCCCCGAAGAUCACUCCGGAGAUCCUCAACGCCCUCAGUAAUCUGAAUCCGAACGAUCAGUUGCUGAUUGCGAACGCGAACGGGCAAAUGCAGGUGAUAAGCCAGCAGCUGUUGCAGCAGUUCCUCGCCGGCCAGUUGAACGCCGUUCAACAGACUCAGAGCCAUGGACAGACGCAGAAGAUCGUCAUCGGCGAGCCCGACGCGUCCAAUCAGAAUCUCCAGGGUGUGCAGAUCAACACGCCGACGAGUCAGAUCAUAGUCAAUAGUUCCGGAGGGGCGCCGACUAUUCAGAACAAUAUACAGAAUAUUGUAGUUCAAGCGGCUCCGUCCCAAAUGCCACACCAGAUCCAGAUACAAAACUCGAACUUCCCUAGUCAGUUCAUCGACAGUCUCAAUCAGCAGCAGAUCAGGAACCUAGGAAACAGUCAGCAAUCGCAUCCCAAUUCCGUACCAAAGAAGGCGAAGGUCGUCAAGAAAACCAAAGUGGCCAUCACCUUAGCUCAUGGAAUUGCGAAUUCACAGGUCGCCAAGACGUUUACUGUGGCCCGUCCAACGAUGGUAACGACUACCGCAGCCACGUUACAGAAGACUGAUACUUCGAGCAAGGGCGUCAAUUUUGUGUCCCAGAGUACAACUCCCAGUAAGUGCGAUACCACUCAAGGUGACGUGAACAGCUCGCUAACCUUGCCUUCUUCCGGUGGUCAAGCAUCCUCGACAGUGCCGAAUGGCCAGAUGGUGCAGAGGGUGCAAACUAUUCAACUGCCAGCUCAAAAGCAGCAGGUUUUGAAGAACAUCCAAGCUCAGAUACAAUCCAUACUUGCGCGGAAAACUAACACGCAAGCUGAACAAGCCAUACUGUCGAAGUUGUAUCAAGAACAGGCCCGAAUCCUUGCGAGUGGAAAGAUCGUUAGUAACUCGUCCCACCCGGUCAGCAGUGGAGCCGAAACAAAUGUCAACGUCAAUGUGGUGUCCACCAUGAUACCGAAUUCCCAGGCGCAAAGCGUAUGCAAGAGUCAAACUUCAACGGUCCAGACGCAGACUCAGACACAAGCCUCCUCCAUGACGAUGAACUCGCAGAGCAACAGUUCCUGUCCGACUGCUUCGGGCCAGAAUCUAACGAGUAGCCCUAACAAUGUUUACCUGAGCAAUUUCGGGGCGCAGCAGUGCACCCAGAGUCAAGGCGUGUCGAGUGUUGCGCAUCAAAAUCUGCACCAGGCGCACAAUAAGCAGCACAAGUACUACCAAAGCCACGCUAAUCAGAUACUCAGUCCGUCUUCGGCCAGCGGACAGUCGUUCUCCACGGCGAGUCUUUCGGCGACCACACUUGCACAGCAAAACGGCACCCAGGUCACGCAGUCGCACGGGCAACAGGUCGCCAACACGCAGCAGUCUACGCAAUGCCAAACCGAUCCUUUGGACGUGAAGCUGAACCUGCAAACCCCGAGCCCCAUCAAGCUCGAAAUGUCCUCGCCUGUCCAGUCGCAACCGCGAACCACCUCUCCUGCGGGACAAAGUACGGCUACUUCUCCUAGGAUGAUCAGCAAGGGGACGCAGCGGAUUCAGAGUCCCGUCAACGUCGCUGGGAAUCCUCCUAAGCAGAUGCUCAGUCCUGGGAGUACUACGAGUCCGUUGGUCAGUCCGAGGCAAGGGGUCAAAAGGCCCGCGUCAAGUCCGAUUUGCAGGCAAAUCAAUCGCGGUGACUUGAUGGAACAGCAACUGAAGAUCGAUCAAAGUGGUGCUCUAAACCCCGACGUAAACACACCGUUCUUGAGCAAGAGUGACGCCUGUAAACGCCUCGUAAGGUAUCACUGCUUCAACGAACAGGUUUUGAGCACCAAGGAUCUUGCCAAGGCGGACGAAAUAUUCGAGGAGACGGCCAAACACCUUCUGAGCAAAUUCAACUCCAUGAUGAAUAAAUACACUUACCUUUUGCUAAUGGAAAGCAUGCGCGAGGUACGAACAUCCGAACUCAUGAUGAUCGACCGAACAUUCGUGGCCGAGGAGGAAAGCAUCCUGAAUCGGUUGCGGGAGCAAGAGGCCAAAGUCAGCGAGGAGUUCAAGAAGGAGGAGAAGCCCCUGGUGCCAAAGGUCGAGCCCGGCGUGACAGAGGACGUGAAGUCGACGUCGCUGCUGGGCGGCAUGUCGGUGAAGCGCGAGCUAGAGGACGACUUCCCGGGGGUGGAGGUCGACUCUAAGGUCUCGAUUAAGCCGGCAAGCUGCACCAGCGGCGACUACGACGAGUGGCUGGAGAUCCAGAAGGAACUCGGCGUGUACCCGGCCGCGAUGGAUUCGACCAAAUGUCGAAACGGCAACGGUUCCGGCAGUGGUAGUGAGAUGACCUCGAAGUCGUCUAAGGGCGAAAGAACGCGAGCAAACGGUGAAUACCGGGGUGUUAACGUGAGCAGUAGUGGCGGUGAGAGUAGUAACGUUCCGGGAAGUGGCGAGUCCUGCGACGAGGUCCACUCGGCCGGCGUGGAGAAGCGCUGGAGCAGCGCGACCGACCUCGAGCGAGACCUCCUAGAGGACACCGACAGCCUGGACGGGCUGGCUCUCCACUCGCAGACCCAGUGCCCGACGUCGCUGCAUCUCGUCAACGAGAACGAGGCCGAGAACGAGAACGAGCCCGACGAUAUCACGGCACAGGUGCAGUCCGCCAUAGACAGUAUUCUGAACCUGAAGAAGGGACCGGCGAACGCGUUGCCCAGCAGCAGCGGCGGCUCGUCCGCCCAGCCGGCCGAGUCCAAGGACCCGGUACUGGACCAGGCGGUGCGCAGCAUCCUAGGCUCGUGACCCUCCUUCAACAAGGUCUGUUGAAGGGCUCUCGUUCGCUCGCCAGGACCCUUGGAAGAGGGCCGGAUUAUCGCUAAGGAAUCCUGUUGCGCGAGUACCCACGGUGGUGCUCGCUCUCUUCCCUCCCGAGGAGGCGAUUAACUUAAACGCGUCGAACACCUCGCAACGACCCUCCGGUCGUCAAGGGAUGACUCGCGUUUACUACCUCACGAUUGGCGACUACCUUACAGCGGGCCGCACCGGAAUUCCCUUUUCUUCGUUUCUCGAUUCUACGAAUACUGUCUUCGUUGGCGUUCACGUUAACGGCCGGGCGACCUCCAGGACCUUCCCAUCAGGGUGGUCCUGAAUUUCCGUUGCUUGCUCAAUCAAACGUAAGAUGGAGGCCUCAACUUUUGGGGAUGGACUCCGCAGAAGACACGUAAAGGGGGUUUCCUUUAAAUUCGAUUCGACGGGGUUGUUAUUCCGCGCGAUUAAACUCUUGUUAACGAGCGUUACCGUCAGCUAGUGGAGUACUGGAUAUUGUUGCACCUAGGCGUAAUCCUAUGUUUACUGGAAGCGUUUCUUAGACGUGGUUUUCUCGAAAGCUUUACGGAAUUAUGUUUUCUCGUUACCCUGAUCAUGAAUUGUAACAGGUCUUCGCGAAUUCAAACCUUGGUUUCCCCAGAGGAUCCGCGAUGUCAGAUCUUUUGUAAUCUCGAUUGAGGAUUCUUCGAAGAGCUGGAAAUUUUUAAGCAUAAUUUAUGUUGCUCAUGAUAAUGGAGCAAAUUCGGUGUUUUUUUUUGUUUUUUUUUUUCCAUAUUGGAAAGGAACUUGUUUUGGUUAGGGUGAUACCGUGUAUCUUCCGCUUCGAACGUGAAUGGGGUUACGGACUUGUCAUUAUUUUACUAGCUGACGAGUCGUAAGGACAUUGUUUCAUCGCCUUAGAAUAUAGACUCUGUUGUACAGCGAUCAAGCAGCUUUCGAUAUCUCAGACAGACAGUAUUUGUUAGGAGUAAUGUUUCGCCCUUCCGACUGCCGUCAACAAGAUGCGAAACGAUAGUAAAUGCAUUUUAAGUGUUUGACAAAAUGUUUCUUGUAAAUACGUCGUUCAUUGUAGAGCAAUCAAUAAUGUCGAAUGAAAUUUUGCGCCAUAUCGGGCCCGCGGUAUUUUUUUCUUUCUUUUUUUUUUUUUCUUCUACCGGAAGGAAGUAGUUCAUUAUUCGCGUGAUAUUUAUGUUUUUUUUUUUUAUUCACCUCCUCGAUCAAGAAAUGGAGGAAUGACGUUGAUAACUCGAAUCAUGAUCAAUUGAGCUCUAUUUCGCUCCCACGUUGAAGACGGAUCUUUCGCGGCUUUCGUUUAUCGAGAAAUCAUAGAAAUUUGUGAACAGUGAUUCCACGCGAUGCGGAGUUUUUCCAAUCGUCCUCGGUAAUGUUUUCUCUCGCAAUGGCAAUAAUUCUAAUUAUUUAUACGAUGAAAUAAAAAAAAUGAAAUUGUACACUUUCCAUUAGAGUAAGAAGCGUUUAAGCUACUCGCGUAAUUAUACUUUUAAGCAGCUGUACAUGUGGUUAGGUAGCUAGGUAACUCGCUCAGUUAUUUCAGUCUGCCAGUUUUGUAAUGUAAUUUUGUAAAAAGGAAAAAACUAUUUAAAGUGACUUAUUCCACUUUAUCAGUAACACAACGUAAGCGUAAGGAAUUUACGGAUACUUAAGGAUGGGUCGGUGAAAUUGUACAUAUGUUUUAAAAGUAUAUAUUAUUGUCAUUGUAUAUCACGCUCAUCAUUGUCAUCUAAUUUGUUCGUCGUCGUCGUUAUUACUAUCAUCGUCGUCAUGGAAGUCGUAACUAUUUUCGCCAUUAAUAUUAUUAGCACCGUUCUCAUUGUUAUAAUCAUGAUCUUAGAAUCACUGUUAUUACACCUGCUACUUUGCGUAAUCACUAGUAGGGGUGUUGCGCAUAUCGGAAGUAUGUUUAAUACCUUUCAAUUAGCCGUUUGAGUACGGCCAAUGUGUAAAUACGGUUCGAGAUAUGACUUUUGGAGCUUUUUCUUACGUUUCUGAGGGCCCAUCAAAGGGAUUUAACGACACAUGAUGACGAGUGUCCUGAUACGACUGUAUAAAUGACCUUUUCGAUAACAUAAAUUAUGCGAUGCUGCUGCUAUAUUAUUCGGAAUAUUUAUCCCAUACCCUGGCAUCAUAUCGAAUCUCGUGAAUGCUCUCGAAGGAUGACAAAGGUAGCCGCAGAUUUUUUAAUCACGCCUCCUUAUGAACUCUGCGUAACGAGGAUAAUGUACAUAUACAUUUGCAGUGGCUAACACGGAUAUUUACACCGAUUACUCUAAUCAUUUAAAAACUGCGAUACCAGUAACGAGUGAAAGUUCCCCCUAGCGGGAAACUGUCACAAUUAAAAGGACAGUCAUGGAAAUUGUUUACAAUAUAAAUGUUAUACCUGGGAACUGUGUAAGUUUCCAAAGUAGCAUUAUCAAAGAAAGUAACAUUAUUAAAAAAAAACUGCGAUACCAGUAACAAGUGAAAGUUCCCCCUAGCGGGAAACUGUCACAAUUAAAAGGACAAUUUGGAAAUUGUUUACAAUAUAAAUGUUAUACCUGGGAACCGUGUAAGUUUCCAAAGUAGCAUUAUUAAAGAAAGUAACAUUAUUAAAAAAAAACUGCGAUACCAGUAACAAGUGAAAGUUCCCCCUAGCGGGAAACUGUCACAAUUAAAAGGACAGUCUUGGAAAUUGUUUACAAUAUAAAUUGUUAUACCUGGGAACCGUGUAAGUUUCCAAAGUAGCAUUAUUAAAGAAAGGCAGACGAACAUAUCAUAUAAGUUUCCCUCGAAGGAUAGGAUGUCAACCUCCGACAGCAAGACACGUUUCCUGAAUUUCAACUGAUAAGGGGUCCGCGUAAUUGUUUCAUUAGACGAGAAAAGGGAGGUUCAAACUGAGACUAAAAUAGCAUUAAGUAGAUCUCUUGGAUAAUCUUCGAGGUGACGUUAUAGAUAUCGAUGCGCAACUUCUUUUUUUUUGGAAACGCAGGCUUCGCAGCUCCAAAAGUCUAACGCGUUUCCCGUUGUUAAGUUCCUACCGAUCGACUUAGUUAUCCGUACGAAAAGAAAUGUCCCCGGUACACGAUUAGAUAUCUCGAGGUAGAUGGAUUUUCGCUAAGGAAUUCUCGAGAAAUGGAGAAGCCUUCUCGGCCGAUAAAGAAAGACAAAAGAAUGCCGUGCAACACCCCUGCUAUCGUUUUGGUUAAGGGAAGGCAAGGGUGAGUCUUUUACUCAAAACCCUUCCAUAGCUUAAAUGGGAAAAAAAAA